AGAGAGAGAGAGAGAGAGAGAGAGAGAGAGCAAGAGGCGGAUUCCAUUCUCAAACCGGCGAGACAGCGGAUGCACGCACGCACGCGGACGCAGUAACUUCGCCGGCCCGGAAAAAAACGCGCCUAUAUUUUCACUGUUAACCGCUUUAAUCGACCUCUUUUCAUGCUUUGCUCCGGAAGGUUAUUGUAAUUAUUUGGACUUUGGCAGUUGCCAAUAAUUCACAGCUUUACCUUCUAUUACAGCAGAAAAUAAGUGAGAGGAGAGCGAUCAUCCUCAUCCAGUCUCUCUCAGUGACUCACUGCUACAGCCUGAAUCAUGUCAGAAUACAGCUCUUUGCUGAAAGAUCUUUGCGAGAACAUCACUAACGAGGAUCUGGAGCAGCUGAAGUCAGCCUGCAAGGAGGACAUACCUGAUGACCAGAGCAACUCCAUCACUUCUUCCAAAGAGUGGUUCAGUUACCUGGAAAAAAAUGAUAAGCUAGCUCAGGAUAACCUUUCCUACAUUGAGCACAUCUUUGAGAUCUCGCGGAGGCCUGAUCUUUUGACCCGGGUCGUCGAGUACCGUACAACAGUGCUGAAGAUCUCAGAAGAUGAUGAAAUUGACACCAAACUCACACGGAUCCCAUCGGCCAAGAAGUACAAGGACAUCAUUCGCCAACCUUCAGAAGAUGAGAUUAUCAAGUUAGCCCCUCCUCCUAAGAAAGUCUAAAGUUGAAGUUUGUGACCUUUCUUCUUUGUCCAUGACAUUCCACCUUGUCAAAUCGUCUUCGGCGUCCAUCUCUAAACCCCGCCUUGUCCCACUCGCUCAUCACAAGCUCAUCACAAGCUGCCACCCGACCUGUUAAACAGCCAAUUGAAUAGACAGAUGCUUCAAAUCCACACUCUGAACCCUGGAGGCUCGAGAAGUUUAGAAAUCCGGAAGAAGGUGAAAGAAGGAGUAAGAGAAGGAAAGAUGG